GGUGGAUUUCGAAUGUCUGUAACAAGUGUGAAUUAAUUUGUUUUAACCAAAAAAAAUAAAACAAGUAAUCAAUUUGAGUGCGGGAUUUCAACAGUGUUCGGUGUUUUUAUUUUACGUACGAAAAAAUCGCGUCGUUUUUUUAGGUUAAAAAUGCCAAAAUCGUUGGAGGUUUGUGUUGAUAAUUUUGAGUCUGCGAUGGCCGCUUUUGCCGGCGGUGCAGCACGCAUUGAAUUGUGUUCAGCACUAUCAGAGGGCGGUUUAACACCAACUCCUGGACUUUUGAUGCAAAUCCAAAAUGCAAAUCCCACAAACAUCCCCAUCUUUUGUAUGUUGAGGUGUCGCGGUGGAAAUUUCAUUUACACACCCGAAGAGAUUGAAAUUAUGAGGGAAGAUGCAAAAGUAUUAAGAAAAUACAAAACCGAUGGUUUCGUUUUUGGGGCAUUACUCGAAAACGGUGAUGUCGAUAUGAAAACAUCAAGGGAAAUUAUAAAAACUUGUUUUCCAUUACCGGUUACGUUCCAUCGUGCUUUUGAUUUAGUAAGAAAGCCUACUAUCGAAAUAGAGGUUAUUAUCGAUUUAGGAUUUACAAGGAUUUUGACAAGUGGGAAACAAGAAAAUGCUCAAAUAGGAGUCAAAUUGAUUAAAAAAUUGAUGGAACAAGUUGGAAAUCGUAUUAUAAUAAUGCCAGGGGGUGGAAUAACUGUAGAUAACUUAAAAUUUAUUAUUGAUAACACCGAAGCUACUGAAUAUCAUGGUUCAUUUUCAAAACGCAAACCUUUGGGAGAAGAUCCUAACACUCAAAGUGAGGAGGAAAAAAAACCUUUGGAACCGUUAUAUUUAACUGAUGAGCAAUUAGUUGCUCAAGCUGUUGAAAUUCUUCGACAUAAUUAAAUGCUAAAUUAAUUCGCUCUAAUCCUGUCUGUACAAAUAAAAAAAAAAUAUAACUGAAUGUUGUUGUUGAUAAAGUACGAAAAAAUUAUUUAAUUAACAAUAGUAUUUGAACAAUGCACAAAGUUGUUUAAUAAAUUAACUACAAAAAUUCAACUGACAUAACCUAACUGAAUGUUUAAAUGUUAACGUUUUGGUUAAAUCUAAAAAUAGGACCUAACAUCAUUCUAGUUUUUAAGUGGAUAUUAGAGUGUAAAGAGAGAACGAGUUUGUCGCGUCGCAAUUCGAUAAAUUGCAGGAUAUAUUUUUCGAAUGUGUAUGUACUAAAAAUUGGAUAUGCAUAUUUUUAAAUUAACUGUAUUUUCGGAACUAACUAUGUAUAUCACAUGUAUUAACUUACUAAUUAAGAGAUUAAGUUAUAUUGUUUAUUUCGAGAUGGAUACUUAUUAAGUAUUAAUGAAGUUUAUAUGGGGCUUAUAUUUCCAGUUUAUGUGAUCAAAAAAUAAAAUACAAAUUGUUGUUCUAAGAAUAUA